CACACCAUGCCAUGCCUUGUUUGCUCCCCUCUUGCUUUCUCGCAGUCAAACCACACCGCUUGUGCGACGAAGCUCACAACCCACAGACCAGCAGCAGCAGGUAAAGCCCCAGGCUACGCCAUCCCCCCUGCCAGGUACCCCCGCUUUGCAGGUGAAUACUCACACCCCCUGCACCCUUUUCGAAGGAGGGAUUGAAGCGCGCUGGUCGGAUACGAGCAGGCCCACCAAGUGAAUGGACGAAAACCAGCUAAGUACCCUCUCCUCCAUCUCCUCCGUGCACCCACCCACGCCUGCGCGCCACACCCAUGCCAUGCUCCCGUCAUGCUUUUUUGCCUUCGAACCACACCGCUUGUGCAACGAAGCUCACAAUCCACAGACCAGCACCAGCAGGUAAAGCCCCACGUUAAGACCCAGGUUAAGACCCAGGUUAAGACCCAGGUUAAGACCCAGGUUAAGACCCAGGUUAAGACCCAGGUUAAGACCCAGGUUAAGACGCAGGUUAAGCCACCCCCUUAGCAGGUACCCCUCCUUGCAGGUAAAACUCUUACGCCCCCCCACACCCGCUGGUCUGUGGAUUGGCGCUGCAGUUGCACAAGCGGUGCUCCCCCCCCCUCGUUUUCUUUCCAGUCGUGCACGCGUUCUUCACUCCUGCCGCUCCACUCCUCACAUUGCCCUCGCUUUUCUCCCGCACCCACUGACUUCCCUUCCUUCCUCCCGCCUCCCCCUUCCCCUCUCGCAGGUCACCUGGAUUCGAAGCAGCAGCAGCAGCAGCAGAAGCAGCUGAAGCGGCUGAAGCAGCAGUAGGGGGGGCUAGGUAGCUAGAGGUCAGGCUAGUGUAAGAGAGGAGGUACCAGGUGAGGUGAGGUAUGGCAUGGCAUGGUGUGGCAUGUGCUUGGUCAUGCGUCACACCCCUCCCUCCAUCUCCUCCCCCCACCAGGCGUGCUUCUGCGAUCGUGGGCUCAUGGCUACUCAGAGCACAAGGAGAACGAGGUGCCCCCCCCCCCUCACCCCCCCUCUCCCUCCAUCUCCGCCCCCCACCAGCUGUGCGCUCCAUGCAUGGGCAAGGCACAGGCGCGGCUGCUGCUCACAGCAGGAGCGAAGGAGUUCCCUCACUCACCACCCCUUCUCCCUCUCCUCUCCCCCCCCCACCAGCUGUGCGCUCCACACAUUGGCCAGGCAAGGGCUUGGCUGCUGCUCACAGCGGGAGAGGAGGAGUCUCCCCACUCACCACCCCCUCCCGCUCUCCUCUCCUCCCACCACCAGCUGUGCUCCUCCAGGCCAGAGGCGUGGACGCUCACAGCACGGUGGAAAGUGUGUGGCACGGCAGUCGUUCCUCAAGUACCCAUACUGGCGUAUCGUAUAAUGGAACCGGCCAGAGCCGUGCGCGCUGGCUCUGGUUGGGAGUCCCCUCCUACGACGCUUUCGUAAGCGGGAUUUGAGUCUUGGGCCGCCCGUGCACUUUCCACUGCCACUCCUUGCCCCACAAGGCAGAGCCUUGGGGGGUGCUGUUUCCCAGGGGAGGUACCCCCCUGGGAGUUGAAACCCCUUUACACCACGAUGAGCUGGAGCCAACAAUGUGAGGUGAGAGUGAGGUGGGAUCAACCCAUAAGGUGGGUGAGUGAGAGUGAGUAGUAGGCUGAAGCCCUGAGAGUGGAUGUGAGGGGGGCUGACACCCUUGAGGGUUUAAACCCCUAGGAAUAAAGCCCCCAAGCGGGGAUCAGACCCUGAGGUGGGUGAAUGAGUGAGAAGGGGGCUUUACCCCCAAAGGCGAGUGAGUGGAAGGGAAGGGUUGAGCCUAGAGCUCCACAUGAUGGGCAGCAAAUUAUGAUGCCCCACGUGUUGCCUGAUGCUAGACGCCCGAUCAUGUGGGUUCUUUGGCUCACCCCUUUCCAGUGUGAGGCAAGGCAGGCAAGGGAGGGGGUUUCAGACCCCAAGUUACAAGGUGAGGCAAGGGAGGGGGUUUCAGACCCCACGUUACAAGGUUAGGCAAGGGAGGGGGUUUCAGACCCCAAGUUCCAAGGUGAGGCAAGGGAGGGGGUUUCAGACCCCAAGUUACAAGGUGAGGCAAGGGAGGGGGUCUCAGACCCCAAGUUGCAAGGUGAGGCAAGGGAGGGGGUCUCAGACCCCAAGUUGCAAGGUGAGGCAAGGGAGGGGGUUUCAGACCCCAAGUUACAAGGUGAGGCAAAGGAGGGGUUUCAGUCUCUAAGUUACAUUAUGAGGCCAGAUAGGGGCUCUCACACCCAGACUGUAAGUUGAGUGGGAAGGGUGGGCUUCAGACUUCAACUCACACCCCGACUGUAAGUUGAGUGGGAAGGGUGGGCUUCAGACUUCAACUCACACCCCGGCUGUAAGUUGAGGGGGAAGGGUGGGCAGUGGGAUGUGGGAUAGUGAUUGCAAGGUGGGGACAAGGGGUUGAAACCCCAGGGUAUGAUGGGUGGGUUCAAGGAGGUGGCACGAGGGUUGAAAACCCAGUGUAUUUUUGCAGGUUGAUGAUGAUAUGCCAUGUGCAUCAAUCAGGGUAUGGUAAGACGAUGUGACCACGGUGAUCAUGCCUUGACCCCAGCCAAGGGGUUGGAGCAUGAUGGUGAUCAUGCGCCACUGAUGUGAUGAGCAGGGGGCACAUGGAUGAGCAGGGGCACAUGGAUGAGCAGGGGCACAUGGAUGAGCAGGGGCACAUGGAUGAGCAGGGGGCAGAUGGAUGAAUAGGGCACAUGGGAUGAACAUGGGUGUGUUGGGGCCCCCAGGCCAAAUUUCAUAUCAUCUGGAUUGGCUUGGGUGGAUUUGUCCGAGUUGGCAACCCUUCAGCACGACCUUGUUGGAAGUAGGAUUUAGUGCAACGGUACGUUUGUAUAUAUGAGUAAUACUUUGAAGUUUUCAUU